CAAAAGCGCAAAAUACAAGAAAUAUUGAUGCGCAAAUCAAUACUGGAUCCUUAUAUUGAUCCAAAAAGUUUUGGUACGCACGAUGUUUACAGCAUCGGCGUACUUUUAUGGGAAAUAUCAAGUGGUCGUUGCUUGGAGGAUAUCAGUUUGGCUGAGAAGUAUCAUAAGUUUCAGAUUGCUUGGCGCAAUAGAAGGGGAAAGCAAGAAUUUUAA